GCUACUGAGAAGGACAGUGGCAACAAGGAGAGUCUGACGCCAAAUGAUGAUCAAAGUUCAGUCUCUGAACUUGUGAAUUUAGUGCAGAUACUAAUUCAAAAAGUGGAGUCUAUGGAAACCAACAUUGUGACUAAAGUGGAUGCUGCAAUUGAUGCUAAAGUUGGUAACAAAAUUGCUACACUCGAAAAGGAUGUUAGAAAACUACAAGAACAUCUUGAACGUGGUGCCACCAAGGAAGAUGCAACAUCUAAUGAUCAUGUAGAUGAGGACGUGACAAGUAAAUCUCCGUCGUGGAUAGUAAUAAAAGCUACAUCCCAAGACGAUCUCCCGAGUAGCCGCGUUGUGAAGAAUGUGAACAAAGCUACGGAUCAAGUAAAGAAGAAUGGUGAAAAACAACAGCUUAAGAAGAUUGCUGUUAAGAAGAAUGGUGAUAAGAAACAAGAUGCGAAGAUUGCUGUUAAGAAGAAGAAUGGUGUUGAGCAACCACAUAAGAAGAUUGGAGAUAAGGGUGCGAUGGCUCAAUCAAUUUCAACAGAAUCAGACUCUGAGAUCUGGGAGAAAAAACAGAAACUUGAUAAUCUGUUUAGAGCACUAGGACAAGGCCUCAGACGUUUGAAUGCAUUGCAGCCCCCAUUCACGGGGAGCUCAAAUAUCAAGCGUAUCGUCAAAAAUGUGACCCCUUCAGCUACAAGCUACGAUCCGUUUGCCAAAGUGGAAGAGAGUAAAGUGCGUAAACUGAUGGAUUUUAUUGACGUUAAAGAGGGCCAACCUCUAUGGGUCAGCAAUUCAAGUUUUGAAUUUUACAAUGUUAUUAUUACUCCGAGAAAAGAUUGGCCUGAACUAACCUAUGGCUGGUUGGGUGGUUCGCAAAUGAAUUCAGCGAUGCAUAUGUUCCAUAUAAGGUCGCUUUCUGACCCAUGUCCUUAUCGUUCUACAAGGAUUGCAUUUCUGGACCAU